CUUGAGCUGGCCCAUUGCCGAAGACAAUUUCCCGCUACUCUCUAUUUUUUUUUUCUUCUCCGAGAAGCAGAACAACCAGGUCGAAAAAUCCUCACAAAAGCCCUUCGAAUACCCUCUCUCUUCUUCACGCGAUCAAGCCAAACCUGGAGUCAUCGAGCAAACAUGAGCACCGUGGACAAGAUGUUGAUCAAAGGUAUACGGAGCUUCGACCCGGAGAACAAGCAUGUCAUCGCCUUCUUGAAACCCCUCACCCUCAUCGUUGGCCCCAAUGGCGCCGGCAAAACCACCAUCAUUGAAUGCCUUAAGCUCGCGUGCAGCGGGGAGCUGCCUCCCAACUCCCGCUCGGGCCACAGCUUUAUCCACGACCCCAAGGUUUUGGGCGAGACGGAGACUAAGGGGCAGAUCAAGCUUCGGUUCAAGACUGCUGCCGGGAAGGAUGUGGUGUGCAUACGCUCCUUCCAGCUCACACAAAAAGCUUCCAAGAUGGAGUUCAAGGCCCUGGAGAGUGUACUCCAAACCAUCAAUCCCCACACUGCAGAGAAGGUAUGCCUCAGUUAUAGAUGUGCCGACAUGGAUAGGGAGAUUCCAGCUCUGAUGGGUGUCUCCAAAGCUAUCCUUGAUAAUGUCAUAUUCGUCCACCAGGAUGAUUCAAAUUGGCCGCUACAGGAUCCAUCAACACUGAAGAAGAAAUUUGAUGACAUAUUCUCCGCCACUCGUUACACGAAAGCCUUGGAGGUCAUAAAAAAGCUUCACAAGGAUCAAGCACAGGAAAUAAAGACAUAUAAACUGAAAUUGGAGAAUCUCCAAACUCUUAAAGAUGCAGCAUAUAAGCUCCGUAACAGCAUCUCUCAAGAUGAAGAAAAAAUUGAAUCUCUAAAAAUUCAAAUUAAGGAAUGGGAGAGGAGUAUUCAAGGUGUUGAGAGUAAAAUCCUUCAUGGAGAAACUACCUUAAAAGAGUUGCGUAAACUUCAGGAUCAGAUAUCGUCCCAUACUACUGCAAGAAGCACUUUGUUUAAACUUCAACAGACUCAAUAUGCUGCCCUUGCCGAGGAAAAUGAAGAUACUGACGAGGAGUUAAAAGAAUGGCAAACAAAAUUUGAAGAAAAGAUAGCACUGUUUGAAUCUAAAAUAAGUAAGCGGGAGAGGGAGAUGAGCGAUGAAGAGACCAAAAGUUCUUUACUUUCACAGGCAAUCAAUGAUUCUAUGCGGGAGAUUGGAAAGCUUCAGGCUGAAAGUGAUGCAAACAUGUCAGUGAAGCGAGAAUAUGAUUCAACAAUUCAAAGAAUUUUUGUGAAGUACAACGUUGGAUCCCUACCAGAUGCUCCUUUCAGCAUUGAGCAGGCAAACAACCUUACAAAUAAAAUAAGAACAAGGUUGUUCGUUCUUGAAAAAGAUUUACAAGAGAGGAAGAAAUCUAAUGAAGUAGAACUCAAACUUUUGUGGGAGCGCUAUGUUACAAUGAAUACUCGUUGUAGUGAAAUUGAAGGUCAAAAGCAAGCUAAGAUUCAAUCUAAGGUUGGUAUAUCAAACCGCAUCAAAGAGAGAGAGACAGAGCGUGAUCUUGCAGAACAAGAGCUGUCAAGCCUUAACCUGUCACAUAUAGAUGAAAGGGAAAGAAACCUGCAAAUAGAGGUUGAGAGGAAGACUCUGGUACUAGGGGAAAAAGAUUUUGAGUCUGCCAUAAAUCAAAAGAGAACAGAAAUAUUUAGCUUGGAACAAAAAAUUAGAGCUCUUUAUCGUGAAAAGGAUGUUAUGGCAAGCGAUUCAGAAGAUCGAGUUAAGCUAGAUUUGAAGAAGGAAGAAUUUGAAAGCUGCAAGAGAAAGCAGAAAAAAAUAUUGGAUGAACUUAAAGAUAAAGUUCGAACCGUGUUAAAAGGGAGGUUGCCUUCAGAAAAGGACCUGAAAAAGGAGAUUGUGAAUGCCUUCGGAUCUCUAAAGAAAGAGUAUGAUGAGUUGAACUCAAAAACUCUUGAAGCGGAGAAGGAGGUGAAAGUGGCCCAGAUGAAAAUACAAGAUUCCAAGAGUCAUCUAGCCAAACUUCGGAAAGAAAUGGAUGCCAAGGGAAGAUUUCUCGAGUCCAAACUGCACUCUAUGAUUCAACAGUCUGAUAUUAUCGACUCCUUUCCCAAAGUUUUGGUUGAAGCAAUGGAGAAAAGAGAUGUGCAGAAAAGUAAAUACAACAUUGCUGAUGGGAUGAGACAAAUGUUUGACCCUUUUGAAAGGGUUGCUCGUGCCCAUCAUAUUUGUCCAUGCUGUGAGCGACCUUUCACUCCUAAGGAGGAGGAUGAUUUCGUUAGUAAGCAAAGAGUAAAAAGUGCUAGCUCUGCAGAGCAUAUGAAGGUAUUGGCAGUUGAGUCAUCAAAUGCUGACUCACAUUUCCAGCAGUUGGACAAGCUGCGUAUGAUUUAUGAAGAAUAUGUGAAACUUGGGAAAGAGAACAUACCUUUAGCGGAAAAGAAUUUGCAAGAGUUGAUGGAAGAUCUCAAUCAGAAAUCUCAAGCUUAUGAUGAUCUCCUUGGCGUUAUGGCUCAUAUCAAGGCUGAGAAGGAUACUGUGGAAAUUUUGGUGCAACCUGCAGAAUUGUUUGAAAGGUUAUUUCUUGAAAUUCAGAAUUUGAAACCUCAAAUUGAGGAUUUGGAGUAUAAACUUGAUGCUCGAGGGCAAGGAGUGAAAUCUGUGGAGGAAAUUCAAUCACAGUUGAAUGCAUUGCAAAGCAAAAGGGAUGCCUUGAGUUCUGAAGUAGAAAAUUUGAGAGAAGAGCAGAGAUUCUUGAGUGAUGAUUUAUCUAACAUACAGAUGAGGUGGCAUGCUCUUAGAGAGGAGAAGUUAAGGGCAUCCGGUAUAUUACAUAAAGUGAAAAAAGCAGAAGAGGAAUUGAUUCUUUUAGCUGAAGAAAUGGCUCAAGCGGAGUUUGAUGAGAAGCAUUUAGCAGAAUCUCUUCUUCCCUUGUUGAAGGAUAAAGAGAAGGCAGUUCAGGAACACACAAAUUUGAAAACAAAGUUGGAUCAGGAAUAUGAGGAACUGGCCGAAAACAAAAGAAAUUUUCAACAGGAAUUUGAAAUGCUUCUAAAACUUGCUUCUAGGAUCAAAGAGUACCUGGACUCAAGGAGGGAUGAAAAACUGAAGGAAUUGCAGGACAAACUCCUCUUAUCUGAGUCUCAGUUGCAGGAAUGUGAGAGCAAGAAACAGGAAAUUUUAGCGGAUUUAAACAAGAGUAAAGAGGUACUUAUUAGUCAAGAUCAAUUAAAAAGAAACAUAGAUGACAACUUGAAUUACAGAAAAACAAAGGCGGAAGUGGAUGAACUUACUCGUGAGAUUGAAUUACUUGAGGAAAAAGUACUAGCCAUUGGAGGAACUUCUGCCAUUGAAACUGAAGUUAAAAAACAUCUAAAAGAAAAAGAAAGGCUUCUGUCAGAGCUGAAUAAAUGUCAAGGUACGAUUUCCGUUUACCUAAGUAAUGUAUCAAAGAACAAGCUUGAUCUUAAGCAAGCACAGUACCAUGACAUUGACAAGCGCUACUUCAACCAACUCAUCCAACUCAAGACCACAGAAAUGGCAAAUAAGGACCUUGACAGAUACUACGUUGCACUUGAUAAGGCACUCAUGCGGUUUCACUCCAUGAAAAUGGAGGAAAUAAAUAAGAUCAUUAGAGAGCUAUGGCAGCAGACCUACCGAGGGCAGGACAUUGAUUACAUAAGUAUACAUUCUGAUUCAGAAGGCAUUGGAACUCGAUCCUACAGUUACCGAGUCCUUAUGCAAACUGGUGAUGCUGAGUUGGAAAUGCGUGGAAGGUGCAGUGCUGGUCAAAAGGUUCUUGCUUCUCUUAUUAUAAGAUUGGCACUAGCCGAGACAUUUUGUCUUAAUUGUGGAAUACUUGCAUUGGAUGAACCUACUACUAACCUGGAUGGUCCAAACACCGAAAGUCUUGCUGCGGCCCUCUUGAGAAUUAUGGAAGAUCGCAAGGGGCAAGAAAAUUUUCAGCUAAUUGUUAUCACCCAUGAUGAACGUUUUGCUCAGCUGAUCGGUCAGCGGCAACAUGCUGAGAAAUACUAUCGUGUUACCAAGGAUGAGCAUCAACACAGCAUAAUUGAAGCCCAGGCGAUAUUUGAUUGAUGGUAAUUCCUACCAUACAAAUAUUGCAUGUCGUUCAGAAAUUCCAUGAUACCAUAGUCGCCCACAUUGUCAUCCUUGUUUGGAUGUAUUCUAGAGCUGGCAUACUAAUUUUGUUACGCUAUUAUCAAAUGCUGCAACAGUUAUAUACUAAACGUCUUUCUACACAUUUGUGUAAGGACUUGAUCAAGGUUUGAUAUGCAGCAAGUUCUCUUUGAAGCA